UCAAAUUAUAUAAUUGUUUCUUACAACAUAAAAAAAUGGGUAAAGUAAAAAAAAUUGAGGAAAGUAAAAAAAUAAAAGUCAAACGUCAAUUAUUUGUCAAACCUGUAGCUGUUGUUAAACCCUAUGUGCCCGAAAAUGCUUAUAAAGCGCCUCAAAAUUAUGUACCUCAAGUGGUUGAAACAAGACCACUUGAGGAAUCAGAUGAGGAAACAUACGAAGACCAAUUGGAAAUCUACGACGAUAUUCCAGAAAUAGACGAUGAACAAGUUCGCAUACUCGAUGGUAUUAUGAUUCGUAUUGAUCGUCAUUUAAACGACGGCAUAAUGAAUCGAAAUGAACGAUAUUUUUCACUUAAUGGAGAUUCAACAACUAGACGAGUGGUUUGUUUAGGAUGUUGUUUAUGUAAAGGCGAAGAAAGCGAACAUAAUCAUUGUUGCGCAACAACCGUGUGCCCGUACAUACAAGAUUUAUUUGAGCGGUGCCGCGGUUGUUGUUAUUGUAUAUAAAAAUAUAUUUGUAAAUAAAUUGUAUAUAUGUAAAUAAAAAAUUCAUUUA